CCACGUGGUUGGAGCCGGAAGUGACGACGGCGGCUGUUGGCGAGGGCGAGCGGAGCGCCGGGGCCCGGCGGCGCGGGAUCGGGGUCGCCGCACGGACCCUUGGAGCUGGAAUCCCAGGGGAUCCCCUGACCCGCGGCUGACGCAGCCGGGGGAUGUCCCCGUGACCCCCGCCAAGCCAGCGACAUGUCUGCCACUCUGGAUCUGAGGUCGAAGGAGGAGAAGGAUGCGGAGCUGGACAAGCGCAUAGAAGCUCUGCGUAAGAAGAAUGAGGCCCUCAUCCGGCGGUACCAGGAGAUCGAAGAGGACCGCAAGCAGGCCGAGCGGGAAGGCAUCGCGGUGACCGGGCCUCGAAAGAACCGCCCUGCUGAGGCUGACGUAGAGCGGAGACGGAGUGAGAAGGAGAAUUUCUCCGUCACUGUGGAGGAGAAGUCGACAGCAGCGGAGAGGCGGACCCUGGCUCCUCCCCGGCCCUCUGGCAGCCAGAAGGGCGGGCACAGCCCACCCCAGAAGGGAGGAGGCGGAGGGAGCCGGGCUGGCACCUAUGCCUCCAGCCACCUGGCGCGGGGCGAGCGAGGCUGCCGGGACGGGGCCGGGGGGGAUGAGCCGGGCCAGGGCGAGCGGGCCGGGGGCCGGGGGCGGCGGGGCCGUGGCCGCGCAGCCGCCCUGGGGGCUGGAGAUGCCGUGGUGACGGGUGGACCGGACCGCAGAUCGAAGGAGUGGGAGGAGCGGCGGAGGCAGAACAUCGAGAAGAUGAACGAGGAGAUGGAGAAGAUUGCAGAGUAUGAGAGGAACCAGAGGGACGGGCUGCGGGAGAAGAAUCCCGUGAGGAACUUCCUGGAUGACCCGCGGCGGAACGGGCCGCUGCAGGAGCCGGACCGCGACCGGCGGCAAGGCAGCCGGAGGCACGGCCGCAACUGGGGCGGAGCGGACUUCGACCGCGUGCGCAGCGGGCUGGAGCGGCAGCAGGAGCGCCACGGCCGGCGGGCAGGGCCCCGGUCCGGCGUGGGCGGCGAUAUCACGUUAUCCAUGACGGGGCGGGAGCGGGCGGAGUACGUGCGCUGGAAGCAGGAGCGCGAGCAGAUCGACCAGGAACGCCUGCAACGGCACCGCAAGCCCACGGGCCAGUGGCGACGCGAAUGGGAUGCUGAGAAAACAGAUGGAAUGUUCCAAGACGCCUCAGCCCCAGCCCCCGAGCCCACCGGCCGGCAGGACGUGGCCAGUGCCCGGCCCCCCAAGCCCCCGACCUUCGGAGAGUUCCUGUCGGAGCAUCAGGCCACCAGUUCCCACCGCCGGAAGCAGCGGGCCCGGGCCAGGGGACCCAGCAAGGUCUCCUAUAGCCACCACGAUGACCGGUGGGAGCAGGAGGAAGAGGGUCAGGAGGAGAAGCCCGCCCCGCCGGAGCCUUCAGGGGCCGAGGAGGAGACGGCCGCGCUUGGCCGGGGACCCGAGGCCAAAGAUCCUGGCCCCUCAGAGACCCCCAACAGUCACCUGGCCCCCUCCCCCUCCCCUGAAGAGGAUGAGGAUCAGUGGGAAGAUGUGAGUGAGGAUGGGGAGGAGGAGGAGGAGGUGGAGGAGGAAGAGGAAGAGGAAGAGGAGCGCAGUGGGGAAGACUCUGUGGAAGAGGAGCAGGAGGAGGAGGAAGAGGAGCAGGAGGAGGAGGAGGAAGGCGGGGAAGGGGAUGGGGGGAGCCACUGCUCACAGACCCAGCUGCCCAGCCCCAGCCCCAGCCCCAGUCCAGGCCCCAGCCCCGGCCCCAGUUCAGGCCCCAGCCCCAGCCCCCAGAGCCAGGGCACUAAGCCCCCCAGCCCCCAGAGCCAGGGCGCUAAGCCCUCCAGCCCCUUCUCUCCGGCCACGGGAUACCAGCCCGUGUCUGACUGGGGUGAGGAGAUGGAGCUGAACUCUCCGCGGAGCAGUGUGGGAGACAGCCCCCCAGAGGCCCCCCGGCCCGCCCUGUCGACCCCAUCCGAUGUUCUUGCGGCCCCCGAUGAGGGGCACUGAGAAACAGGAGGGGGGCUGUUGGGAUGUGGGCGACUGGGAGAUGGGGGGGUGGUGGAGGUCAAUCCGUCUAGGCCCCUGGGGGGAAUGCAGGUGCACAAGCCUUGGCCCUCGACUCAGUCUGCCCCACGUUUUGAGGGAUGGACUGAAAAGUUACCCCCCACACACACAUCAGGGGAUGCUGUCAACUUUUUCCAGCUCCUGCUUGCAGGGGGGCUUCUGCUGCCCCCCACCCAGAGGUCCUCAGCCUUCCAGGUCUGCCCCGAGCCUGAAGCUGGACCCCCACAGCAGGGGAGAUGGGGGCUGCAGCCCCCUCCCAGCAGGCUCCGGGACUGGGCCCCAAAGCCCAAGGAACAGGCCCUAGCAUGAGUCCCAGCCUGAUAGGGCCUGGGGGCGGACGGGAUGGGCUGUCCUCCUGCCCCGUCCUCUGGAAGGUCUGGACAGCGAGCCCCGGGGUCUGCCCUUGCCCCGGCCAGGGGCCCCUGCCCAUCCCUCCAUCCGUCCACCCCCCUCCCCGGCUGCGGGACCAAGGAGAGACAGCCAGCACGAGCCAGAGGGACUGGAGACCACAAUCAACGGAAUUUACGGAGCGCUUGCUGUGGGGCGAGGGCUGUACUAAGUGCUUGGGAGAGUCCAGCACAAUAGGGUGGGGGGAUAGACAUGAUCGCUGCCCUUAAGGAGCUCAUAGCAUGGUGAGGGUUUGGGCUCCCAGAGGGCACAUCUGUGCCUCACGUCUGGACCACCGGCGGCUCUCAGCUCCCUUCUCCCCACUACCACUCCACUGACGCCGACCACGGGGCCGCCGCUCCGGACCCCCAGCCGCCGGGGGGUCGAGGGGAAGAGGGGCCAUCCUAUUUUAGCUGACGGGCCCCGGAGAGCAGGGAGUUCCAUCCCUGUGUCGCGCUGCUUCUAACGUGCCCCGAGGUCAGCCCUACCCCCUCAUACACGUUCUGUCCAUCUGUCUAUUAAACACUGUGCAACCUCUA